AUGGAAGGAAGUUCUAAUCAAGUAAAUGAUCUUAGAACUGAAUUACACCAGGCUUGUCAAAGGCUCUCCGAUUUGAACUUAUUUCAAGCCGCUAAAUGGUGUGCUGAAGCGCUUAAUGGGCUACCCCAACCAAAGACCAAUAAACCAUAUCCAACAAUAAAACUAGAUGAUAAUGAGUUAUAUGAUCAAGAUAAGGUUAUACUUGCAAGAAGCUAUUUCAACUGCAAGGAGUUUGAUAGAGCAGCAUACGCAUUGAAGGACUGCAAGAGUGGUAACGCGUUGUUCUUACGAUUGUAUUCAAUGCUUAUAUCUAUAGACAAGAGAGCAACCGAGGAAACUGAUGGUUCAAUAAAUAUAACAUCUUAUAAUGACCUCAAUGAGCUGAUUGAAAGUAACAACGGGAGUCCAGAGAUUUCCAAUAGGCACAAAGAGGUAGUGGAGACGUUAAACAACAGAUUAUCAAAAUUGAUUCAAGAAUCCGAAAAUUACCAUUCUAAGAAUCCUGAGAAUGCUUUCUUGUAUUACUUAAAUGGGAUGGUCUAUAACAAGAAAAAGAAAUACUCCUUGGCUCAAACUAAUUUAUUUAAUUCAUUAACUUUGUUUCCUUACAACUGGUCGUGCUGGCAAGAGCUAAUUGCAUCUCUUAAUAGUUUCGAUGAAGCUAUUAGCUUUAUUAAUCAAGUUAAAUCAUCCAAGAAUCCGAUAACAUCCAACGUAAUGUUCCAGUUUUUUGAAGUUGUCAUUUUGCAGGAGUUUUAUCAACAGUCAAAUUCGUUGGCCGACUCUUUGGCGCAUUUAAUUGAUAUAUUUCCCGAUUUCAGCUUCUUGAAAAUUCAAAAAUUCUUAGUAGCAUACCAUGGGCUUGAUUACUUCCAAGCGGAACACAUAUUUGACCAAAUUUUACUCGAUGACCCCUUGAGGUUGGAUGACUUGGACACUUACUCAAAUAUGCUAUAUGUUAUGGAAAAGAAAUCAAAAUUAUCGUUUUUGGCACAAUUCGCUUCACAGGUUGACAAAUUUAGACCAGAGACAUGUUGCAUAAUUGCCAACUAUCAUUCAAUGAAAUGUGAGCACGAGAAAGCCAUCAUGUAUUACAAGCGGGCUUUAAUUCUAAAUAAGAAUUGCUUGAGCGCUUGGACUUUGAUGGGUCAUGAGUUUGUCGAGUUGAAGAAUUCACAUGCGGCCAUUGAGUCUUAUAGAAGGGCAGUUGAUACCAACCCUAAGGACUUUAGAGCCUGGUAUGGUUUAGGUCAGGCCUAUGAGGUGCUAGAUAUGCAUCUUUAUGCUUUAUAUUAUUAUCAGAGAGCAACAAAUUUGCAGCCCCUUGAUAAAAGGAUGUGGCAAGCAACGGGCAAUUGUUACGAGAAAAUCGAUAAGCUAGAGGAAGCGAUCAAAUCAUUUGAGAAGGCAUUGACUAUUGAUAGCUAUAGUAACGAGAGCCCUGAUAUCACCGAGGUUGAACCUCAUAUUUGCUAUAGGCUUGCUGUGAUAUCUGAAAAAUUAGGUCAAUUGCCUGAUACCUAUAAAUAUAUGAAGUUGUGUUUCGAUCAGGAGCUAGAAUGGGGUAUUAGUGACGAAACUUCGAAAGCACGUCUUUGGUUAGCAAGAAAUGCUUUAGAAGAAAGGAAAUUUAAUGAGGCAUACGAGUUAGCGAAAGAUUUAAACCACAGUAAUGCUCACGAUAUUGAAGAGGCCAGGUCAAUUGCGAGAGAAGCGAGGAACAGGAUGCUGAAGUAG